AUGGCAGAGACAACAGAACUCUCCAACGCAGAGCGCUUCAAAGCCACUCAUCUCGCUGCACGCCAUGGCAACUACCACCAAUAUUACACCAAAUUCCGAGCGCCCACCGUCCCGGACGAGCGCCUUUCCAUUCUUCCAUCAGACAUCCUCCGUGACGCGCGAGUUAUAGACCUAGGCUGCAACGCGGGCAAACUGACCCAUGAGGUGAUGGCUCACUGCGGUGCAGCCGCCUCAGUUGGUGUUGAUAUCGACCCGUGGCUGGUCGAACAGGCAAAGGUGGCAUACCCGGAUGGGCCUUGUACAUUUGAGUACUUUGACUUUAUGGAUACGUCCGCAUACAAGGGUACUGCGCUGGGCAAAUUCGAUGUUGUUCUACUGCUCUCUGUGACUAAGUGGAUACAUCUCAACAACGGGGACGCUGCGUUGUUGAAUGUAUUCGCGCAUAUAGAAAGCAUACUGAACGAGGGAGGUUAUCUCGUCGUAGAGCCGCAGCCUAUGAGCAAUUAUGCUAGAGCUUCAAAGAGGAAUAAAGAGUUAAGAGAGAUGUAUAAGACCAUCAAGAUCAGACCACCGUUUGAGUCUGAAUUGCAAGCGCUGGGAUUUGAGAGGAUAAUGCAAGUUGAGAGAGACGAGGAGGGGUUUGCUAGGCCCGUACAUGUUUGGAAAAAGAAAGCAUCAUCAUAA